GCGACCCGGAAGGUCUGAACUCCGACUGAAGGCAAGCAAAAGGAACAUCUUAUUAUUUUAUAAAAUAUCAUUAAAUCUACCAUCGAGGUGUCAGGAUGGCUGAACCUCGUUUUAAUAAUCCCUACUUCUGGCCCCCACCACCCAACAUGCCUGGCCAGCUGGAUAACCUUGUGUUGAUCAACAAGAUCAAGGAACAGCUGAUGGCUGAGAAGAUCAGACCACCCCACCUGCCGUCUUCCACAGUUCCCUCCCAACAGCAACUGCUGGGGAAUCCUACACAGACAGAAGGUGGGCAGCAUGUCCAGAUGUCAGUUGAGAAACUGCAGCAGAUGCAACAAGAACUCCAUGCCCACAGCCCGUCCCAGCCAGACAUUGCCCUGCACGCCCGGCCGGCCUCCAGCUCUGUGGCAGGACGUAUUCUUGGUGAUGUAAACUUUAAUCUGGAUGAUAAAACAGCUAUAAAAGCUAGAGGAUUGUGGGAAGACUGGCAUUUGCGUCAAAUCAUAGACCAACCCUCUAGAACGAACCACCUGUCAGGUCUGGCGCUUUCCUCUCGAAUGGGCAACCAUAACACCUCAGAGGCCGUCACUCUGACCACACCCACCUCCAACAGCCUGAGCCGACUAGGCGGAGCCCCUUCACCACAUCAUGUCCUCUCAGGCUUGGCCAGUGGCCCUGGGAUGGAGCAAAUCAAAAGUAACGGAGGCCUUGCUGGACUGCUGGGGCCCCCUCCCAAGAUGGAGGGGCGAGGGCGUAAGAAGAUAAAAGCUGAGAACGGUGGUGGCUCUCUGUUGGUGGUGCCUUACCCCAUCCUAGCCUCAGGCAACGACCAAUCCUGCCACACCAUCACCCCCAAACCGGGCAAAUGCUACAGGUGUAAAUCGUGCCCGCUGACCUUCUUCUCCAAGUCAGACAUGCAGAUCCACUCCAAGUCCCACACAGAGGUCAAGCCUCACAAGUGUCCCCACUGCUCCAAAUCCUUCGCCAAUGCAUCCUACCUGGCCCAGCACCUCCGCAUACACCUGGGCGUCAAACCUUAUCACUGCUCCUACUGCGAGAAAUGCUUCCGCCAGCUCUCCCACCUGCAGCAGCACACCAGGAUUCACACUGGAGAUCGGCCCUAUAAAUGUGCCCAUCCAGGUUGUGAAAAAGCCUUCACUCAGCUCUCCAAUCUGCAGUCUCAUCAGAGACAGCACAACAAAGACAAGCCCUACAAGUGUCCGAACUGCUACCGUGCCUACUCGGACUCCGCCUCACUGCAGAUCCACUUGUCUGCGCAUGCCAUCAAAAACGCCAAGGCCUACUGCUGCAGCAUGUGUGGCAGAGCCUACACCUCAGAGACCUACCUUAUGAAGCACAUGUCCAAACAUACGGUGGUGGAACACCUGGUGAGCCAUCACUCUCCACAGAGGACGGAUUCUCCCAGUAUCCCCAUACGGAUCUCCCUCAUCUGAGCACUUCGCCCUGACACCCUACCCCUGACACCCAUGGAGGAACCCCCUGUAAGGUUACCCCUCCACUUAAGCGUAAUCAAUCCCAGAUAUUGGCUUUUAUUUGUUUGUUUGUAUACCCCAUGUGGGUUUCAAAAAUGUGUCAAACUGUAUUUGUACCUUAUCAAGAGGUAGACUUUUUUCCCCCUUUUUUUCUGUCAUCUAUAUGGUGUGGUUGGGUAAUGUUUGGGACAUCCAAAGAUGAUUUUACAGCACUUUCAGGCCUCAUAGUAUUGGCCAAAAAGGUUUUUAGUCUACUAAGACAAUAAAAGGCAUUGCUCCAGGCAGCUAAAAAGUUAACCAUAGGUGUUAUAAUGCAUUAAAGGACCACUCCUACUAUGUUUUUUAUAUUGUCCUUUUCUCUCUUUACGCUUUGCAAAAGUAUAUUUACAUUGGGAACUUUACCUUCCUUUUGGUUAGGUCAACUAAAUCAUGUAUCCAAGCAUUUUUUUUGCCACUCCUAAUGUCAAUGUUUGCAUCACUUUUGUUACUUAAAAAGGAAUUGUUCUCAUGUAAGCUUUAUAACGCUUAAGUAUGUCUUUUAGACAACAAUGCACACAAAAGGCUUUCAAAUUGGAGGGCCAAUACCUAUGUUUUAUUGUUGUAGUUUUCAUCUUGUUAAUAUUAUUGUCCAUGGUAUUAAAAAGGACACUGCUUAAGGCAAUCCUGAAAAGCACCAAAAUAUAUUUUGGAUCUGAUGUUGGUAUUUGUAGAAACUCAGCAUGUAAGAGUAAAAAUAUUUUGGUGAUGUAUUGAAGAAAUGUAGCACAAAGAAUUGUCCAUAAUGGAACUGACAUAUUUGUUGGUUCAAGCCAUUCCAGUACCUGACAGAUUUUCAACAAGAUUUGAAUGGAGGCAGACAACUAAUUUCAAAUCGAAAUGUAUGAAAUAUCUUAACACACAUUCCAUUAUAUGUAACAUUUCAAUGUGACUCGAUUGAACCCUCUACCAUGUGUCAUGCUGUGGUCAAUUACAUGCAUGAGCUCUGCCUGUGUGCUACAAAGAUUUGUUUACCGACGUUGAUGAGGAAGGGGUCUCAUAUUUCCUUUUAUCUUACCUAUGAAAUAGGAAUGGAAAGUACAAAUACGAGAAUCCACAGGUUUGAAACCAAAUGAAUGUAAUCCUUUUUCAGUUGUAUAUUUUCCCCAUGUCUGCCAGUGAUGGAUACGGUGUGCUGUCUGGUAGAAAAUGGCAGAGCACAUUGCAUAAUGUGAUACCUCCUGGCCUUUCAUUGGUUAACACCUGUGAAACUCUUUGCGAAGAACAACAUGUGCUGCCUCCUCACUGUCUCCUUUUCUAUUGAGUGAUUAUUUGUACAUAUAUUCUGCAUCUAUGUCCUGCAGGUUAUUUUAUGCCCUUUAAUGUUUAAAUUGAAAAUGAGUAAAUUCCUGUUUUGGGUGUCCCAUGAAAUAUGUAUAGAUAUCUUUAUGUACAAAAAGACCUCCUUGUGUCUUGUAAUCAUUUUGCUCUCAUGUGUCAUGUAUGAAUGAUUAACAUUUUGUUAAUUUUAUACGCAUUUAAGCCUUAACUUUUAUCAUUGUAUUACAUUUUAUUUGUCUCAUAUUGAUGCCUAUCUGUACCCAGUGUUUUAUGCAUUUUAUUUCAUAGCAUGGAAUAUACUGUAAAUAAACUAUAUUAACUGUUAAUCCCUUUUCUAUAGUAAAUGAUUAUAUAGGUCUAGCUAUUAUUACAAAAAUCAUUGUUUCAUUUGUCAUGCAUUGUGGUACCAUGUCCACAUUACACGCAGUCAAGACGUAGAGUGAAUUGACUUUGUGUAAGAAUGAGCAAAAAAUAAAAGUAUUCAAAUGUU